CCGAGCGAGUUAGGUUGAGGGCGCGACGGAGCGGCUAAGAUGGCGGUGGCGGUGGUAUCAGUGGAGACGGUGUCGGGGAGAAUGGUUGUGGGAAUAUGAAGAGACGUAGUGGAUAACCGGUGGCGGCCUCGUGUCGUUGGCACUUACAAAUAAAACAGAAAUUCCUCAUUUCAUCGUAUUAGUUUUUCUGCGAAGUUUUUUUUAGAAAAAGGAAGAGAAAAUAAUUGAAAUAAGAUAGUUACAGAAGAUAUAAAUGAUGAAAUUAAAGCAAAAUCAGACUCGGACUUACGAUGGAGACGGUUUCAAGAAGCGAGCGGCAUGUUUGUGCUUCAAAAGCGAGAGCGAGGAGGAGGUUCUGUUGGUCAGCAGCAGUCGUCAUCCUGACAAGUGGAUUGUGCCAGGCGGUGGCAUGGAACCUGACGAGGAACCAAGUGUGGCAGCUGUCCGAGAAGUCUGUGAGGAAGCUGGAGUCAAAGGGACAUUAGGAAGAUUAGUAGGAAUAUUUGAGAAUCAAGACAGAAAACAUAGAACAUAUGUGUAUGUUCUAGUAAUAACAGAAGUAUUAGAAGAUUGGGAAGAUUCAGUAAAUAUUGGGCGGAAAAGGGAAUGGUUUAAAAUAGAUGAUGCCAUUAAAGUUCUUCAGUGUCAUAAACCUGUACAGGCCUCAUACUUUGAAACCUUCAAACAAGGCUAUUUGGCAAAUAAUGGAACUCCUGUUGUUGCAACAUUAUCUGAAGAGAAGGCCUCAACAUAUGCUGUUGCCAAUCAAAGUUCAGUAUCCAGUAUUAGAUGACUGAGAGGAGCUCCACAGUAAUUGACUCAAGGACAUCAAGUCCCAAAGGCAUGGACUUGAAAAGUGUUCAGUGAAAGAAUGUUUGAUCUAGUUUGAUUGCUACUAUACAUUGUAUAUGUAUAAAUAAAUUUUGCAUGGAGACCUGCGCAAUGUUGAUAACGAUACUUUAUAUUGUGAUGUAUAAUAUAGUGCUGAAGAUGAAAGCCAUAACUAGUAAGGUUUUUUGUUAGAUAUUGUAUAUUUUUGAUAGAAUUGUGAAAUUAAGGUACUGGUGUUGCAUCCAAUUGUCUCCCUGGUAUUUCCCUUUGGAAUUCCUCAUUGUAAGGUGGCUUGGAUUUCAAUUUAGGGAUAUUUGGAUGCCAGUUUUAGUUCUCUGCAACUUUUUAUAUACAGCUUUUGUAAAUUUUUGCUGGCUUAUCACAUACACCGCUGCUGUUUACGAAAAACAAAUGGAAGCAAAGAAAUGGUUGAUCACAGACUUGUAUUAUUUUGUGGAAUAACAUUCAAGACACAUUUCAUUAUAACACUUUUGUUAACUUGUACACAAACUGUUGAAUAAGGCCUUUAAAACAUUUUUACUCGUGUAAGACUAAUUCAAGCCAUGCAUAUUGGGUCUUGUCAUCUGUGGAGCUUUGGGUUAUAUUCAAUUUUGCAGAAUACAUUUGUAUCUCAACUUUUUUCUCCUGUUCCGUGCUGUUCUCCCUAUCGUUCUACACUGGAGUAAAAGGAUGCUCUUUUUUUUGCAGGUAAAUCAAUGUCUUAAAAGACUUGAGAAUUUGGUGUUUAAAAUUUUGAUUGUUUUUGUUAUUCUUGCAAUUUAAAAAGAACAUUGUAUACUGCUUAAGCACUUAAGCUGAUUAACUUUGUUUUUAAAUUCCAACUCUAGACUUGACAAAUGUAGAACAAAAAUACCCUGUACAGUAUAUUUCCCUUUUUAUAAAGAUAAGCGGUCUUGGUUUUUUUUUAAACUGAGAAAUAUAGCACUGUUUCUUUUGAAAUGAGUGCUAAUAUUGGUCACUUUGAAACAUGUCGACACAUCUAAGUGAUUUAUUUUAAAUUUUAUGUUUUAAGUCAUGAAUAUAGAAACCUAGAAUCUCCCAAAGAUUAUCAUUAAAUAUCCUCAAACUUGCAUGGUGUGGUGGCACUAGCAAGGUGCAUUGCUGGAGAAAAAAAAACAUUUGUUAAUUUUGGAAAGGCUGCUGUCUUUAACAAAAAACUUAUUUGUGAAAAGUUAGGUGCAUCUUUUCAUUUGACCCAGUUAAAGAGCAGUGUAAAUAUGCUUUCACUUUGCAUACUGUCCCAAUUGAUUUCCUUAAGAUGUUGAACAAAGGUUUGAAGGUUAGAAAAUGUUUUACACAGGGUGACAAAAAAAACACCUAAUCCUCAUUCAAAGGUGAGGAGUUAAACAAACUGGAGUAGCAAAAAAAUGAGUUUUCUCAGAAACAUUGCCCUCUAUUCUCUAGUGUUAUUUAAAAGUGACAGCUGUCGUCAACUGUUUUACUGUGCUUAAGUACGACCUGAAAAUGUGAGAAAUUAAGUUACAAAGUAAAAUUGAGUAGUGAAUUGUACUUCUGAAGAGCAAAUAUGAAAAUCUUGUUAAUAUGUAAAAUAAAAAGGUGAAGAAACCAAUGAAAUCAGUUGAUUAUGACCACUUAAUGUUUUCAGCUUUUACCUGCAAUUAAUGCACUGUACAUAGGUGUCAAUUUUGGUGCUUUCCUGUGUAAAGCCGUAGAUGGAAAGGAUAAGUGCUGGCUUUUACAAUAGCCCAUAUUGGUAAAAAGAAGUACACAGCAUGUUAUCCUGUCCUUCACAUUUUAAUGCAACCUUUAUACUUCACCUGGAGAGUGUGUCACUGCAAAUGUCUUGUUGUUUUACCUGACUUGAGUGUGAUGCAUAUGUGAGGCAAGAGAUUGAAGAUUGUAAUAAACCUGUGCCAACGAAUAAAAACACACCAGUAUUUCAGAAGGCAAUCGUUGACUGGAUUUUUUU